AUCAAAGAAGUAUGUCAGACAAGCUGAAAGGUGACACGUCACGUUCAACAACAACCCCUUCAUCUAGUUUAGUUACUGCCUCAAGCUUGAUUGCAAAUCCACCAGCUUCCGCAGUUGUUAAAAAUCCGCUCUUGAGUGCAUCAGUUACAGGGCUAACAUUCGAUGACUUUCCGAAUAAGCCAUUACUAUUGCCACCGGUGGCAAUUAGUCGAGAACCGAAACCGCUCGUAACUAUCGGCAGUUCAACUGACGUGGAUACCGAAAGUUUGGACGAAAUAAAUUUGGACACCACGACCGAUGAAACACAAACAACUACAGACUCCAAUACGCUAUCUGGACAAAUCGAUCCGAACGGCAACUCAGUGUGGUCGGAUAUAAACAACCCUCCAACUGAUUCUAUACUCAGUCAAGCGGCCUCUUCAUUCUCGGCUCUCCCAUCGGUGGCGUCAAGUGUGUUGUCGACAUUUUCUAAACGAAUUUCUGAAUAUUCCGCCUCGAAUAGUCGCGAACGUACACCUACAGGUGAUAACGGCAACAUAGCAUCGCAGCUAGAUAUUCAACCAGCUUAUUUGCAACAACAAUUUCAAACGCCAUUAUCAUCUCAUCAAGAGCAACAACAACAACAGACUGUACAACAGUUUCCAUAUUAUAAUAUACCACAGGCAACUACUGUGCUACCUACUGUCGCUGCUGAAUCCACCACCACAACAGCUCCAUUUGGUAUUCCGGAAAGUAACGCGGCACCACCACCGGAACCACCGAAAUUCUAUACACCUACAGAGGUGCCAGCUGCGCCGACGGUGAAUGCGACGCUUCCAUCGCCACCGGGUGGACAGAAUACUUAUCGUUUGGCGGCCAAGAAGAAGCUAUAUGCACCAAUACCGGGCUUCUCAGAACAAAGUGGUAUUGCUGGUGCAUCUACCGCGCCAACCGUAAGCACUUUAAGUAGUGCGACACCAUUACAGGGUAUACCACCUCUACCACCACAACCUGCUGUACCGACAGAUCCACUUGGUAACCCGUUGCAAUUCAACUCAUACGAACCAAAUUACCAAGCAGAAGCUCACACACAAAAGCAGGAAGAACGCAAGACAGGUGGACUUUUUUCGAAUAUUAGCAGUUUGGUCCCAAGUGGUGUACUUCAGAACAUCUCUGGAUUAGUACAAUCAGCGACAGGUACUUUUUCGCAAGGAGCGAACAAACCGUUUGGGGAAGAGUCUGCACAGCCCACGCCCGCUUACGGUUAUCCUGGUGCCUAUCAACAACCAACUGCUGAGGUUGGAACUGUUGGUACUGGCCAAUAUUUUGGGGUUAGUGUUGCACCGCCACCUAUUGGAGUGCCACCUAUUGGAGUGCCCUCAGUUGGUGCGGCUUCAGCGCCUCAAUUCUAUCCUACAACCGCAGCGGAUAAUCAAUCUGUGGCAGCGUUUUUUGCUCCACCUCAACAUCUGCCACCAACACCUUCCCAACAACAACAACAACAACAAAGCGUCGCACAAUUGCCAACACCAGCUAAGCAGGAAGCUUCUCAAUUGUUCGCAACUCCUUUCGCUGCUCCUGAAGGACAAUCUGCGCUACCUCCACCGCCUCCUAUUACUGGUUUUGUGUCUGCUCCACCAAAAAGUGUCACACCCGACAUAAACAAACAACGUCCAUCUGCAUCGACGACACCCGUCUCUUACUUUGAUCCUACUAAACACAGCACUGGUUCUACACCAGCUUCGUUCUUUGUUGCUACUCAACAACCAACAGUCAGUCCACCGCCUCCGCAGCCAACGAGUUUUACUUCUAAUUUUGCACCUCCUUCGACAGCGGUGCCAGCGGUACCAUCCAGUUCAGUCAGCACAUUUAAUACGACUCAAGCAGUUUUUCAGCCAAUACAACCACCGCCAACAUCAGGCAUUCAACAAUUUAAUCUGCAACCUGGUGCUGGAACUCAAACUCCGUUGCCAACAUAUCCAACUUCCGCCGCUACCCAUCCUCCUCUACAACCUGGUAGUAUUCUUUCAAAUCCAACAGUUCCACCACCUGUUGCCGCUAACCAAGCACCUCUUCCACCAGCAGCAAGCGGUUCAACCUCAUUUCGAUUGCAGAAGGGUACACGCCUUUAUAAGAGUCCGUUGACUUCAGCAGAGACUGCACCAGUUCAAAUACCUGUUACCGUACCACAACCACUCGCACCACCAACCAGCUUCUUCAACCCUUUCGGUCCACCAGCUGCAAACAGUGCUCCAAAUCCAGCCGCUCCACCAGCAGUACCUACUGUAGUUCCAAGCUAUUUCAUCGCUCAGCCUGCAGAAUCUAGUGUAGGCCUCUUUGCUGUUGAGAAGACAGAAGUUGGAACUGAAAAGCCAGUCUCACAUUUUGAGCCACAGCAACUUGGCACUCCUGCCAACGUAAAUGCUGCAGUCAGUGCAACAGUUGGAAAACCAGAAUUAUCAACUGUACCCACCACUUCAGCAGAAGGACAGUCAAAAGUAGUUGUAUUUGAAAAGUCUUUAUCGACCGAAGAUUUUAAUGCACUAAUUGCACAGCAAACUAUUGAGCCUGAAACCGAAGCGGAGUCAAAGGUAGCUACCACAAGCGAUUUAUCGGCUGAAGAACUUACUGAGAAACUUAUCUCUCCAACGGAAUCUACAAAGCAAGCAGAUGGUGUCUUAAACCAAGCUGUUCAAGAACUUUCGUUACAAGCUGAAUCAGCUCCGGCACCUGCAGAACAACAACUUGUUCAAGCUUAUCAAGAGUCACAAAUAGAACAUCAAUUUUUUCAACAAGAGCUUAUACAUACCGGAGAGCAACAACAAGAUAUUUCCCAGCCAGAACAAUCGAUAAAUACAACACAUAAAGAGCAAUUGAAAAGUCAAGAAAAAGAAGGGGAUCUAACUCAAAAUUCCGCACUCCAACCUCAGCAUCUACAGUCUGAGUCAUCCCCAGUUGCAGAGCUGAAUCAUCCCAUUCUUACUACGAAUUUGCCAGAAGUCCAACCUUACGUCCAACAAGUACUGCCACCCCAGCCGACCACUGCACUAGUCAAUCCGCUCAUACCGCCCAGCGUACCACACGUGAGUGGUUCACCAACCCAAAAUCAAAACACAAAUCCAUUCCGUAGAAACGUUGUUACCGCACCAUUUGCGCACUCAACUUCCCAAUCGCUUAGCGAAACUCAGCCCCAGUUGGCUAAUUUCUUUGCGGGCGCCCUCGGAUUAGGCGAUUCUGCCGGAGCGGAGUUCAACAUAUUUACUCCAGCUCCACAAGGGCCUCAAGUAACCGGUUCUACUGACCCCAACGCAACUGCUGCAAGACCAGCAGAAGAACCACCAGCGGUUCCUACUGCACUGCCCAGUGCUGCUGGUUUCUUUGGUUUCGCUAACCCUCCACAACCCAACUUCUUUCAACCGACUACUGAACCUCCAUCUCUACCACCUCAUAGCGGGGUAGCUCCACCGCCACUUGCUCUUGAACCAGCAACCACAGCUGAGGUAGUACCACAAACUCCAAUAGGUAUACCACCACUCAUUGGGUUUGAUAACUUUUUGCCACCAACAAGCUUAGCGAACGAACAAACACCAACUGCGCCGCCAGCUUCCAGCACCGACGACGAUAUAAAUACUGCAGCAACCAUACCGCCAAGCCCGCUUACUGCUGGCAACUCUGAAACUCAGCACACAGAAGUUGUAAAUUCAUUUUCGAACUAUUUCAAUCAAACUUCAAAUCUCACAACUGAAAACAAUCAGCUACAAACGCAACAAAUAGAACAACAACAACAAACGUCAAUUGUGACACCGCCCAGCGUACCGUUAUUGCCCAGAACCACAGUCACUUCUUCAGCUAGCUUCUUUGAUACCUUUGCGCCACACCAGCAAUCGGCUGCAAGUGCAGAUAAUUCUUUGACGACUCAGCAGCAGCAAGCAGUUACACAAUCGAACGAAGAUCAACGUUUGCAGAAUUUCUUCAACAAUCCACCACAACGUGAGAACAACGCUGGCGUAGGCGAUCUUGGCUACGAUUUGGUACAUAGUGGUCUCGCCAUACGCAAUUUGGGUUCCCUCACCUCCGUCUCGAAUUUAGUUGAGCCACCUUCUUCUUCCUGCUCAGAAUUUUCCGAAUUGAACAAUAGCAACUUGAUAAAGCGCAGUCCCGAGAAGAAUAUUUCAACUGCCGUGAGUACCAACCAAACGGCAAUUAGUUUAGCUCCGACGCCUCAAGAACAAGUAAAAACUGUAACAGAGCCUUUGAAGGAACUAGAGCCAAAACUGUUAUCUGCCAUCACAGCCCCUGCCGCUACUGAUUUCUCCUUGGAUAAACAUUACGAAGAUUUGCCAGAGGAAGUUUUGCGCGAAUUAAGAAUGGCUAAUUUGUUGACGGGUGAAAAGGCUGCAGCGUCGGCGCCACCAAUGGCUGUGCCCUACUCACCUGCGGUCAAACAUUGGUUUUAUAAACGACCAUGUGGUAAUAAUAAAUAUGUUUGGGUACCAUUUAGUCACUAUGACUCCGCUUUACUCGAAGUUACGUUGGAUAUGGAGAGCGAAUCACCCAACAUUGUUGCCGUGGAGGGUGGACGCUACGACGUGAACAUAAGUGAACGCACUAAGACGCCUGUUUACUGGCGAAGCGAACCAAUGGAAGUUCGUCGUUGCUCAUGGUUCUAUAAGGGGACCGAUUCGAAAAUGGUGCCAUACGAAGAAUCCAUAGCCGAUUUGCUUGAAAAUGAAUAUAAACAAGCUGUGGAGAGUGGUGAAUGGCAUAAGAAAAUUGUGUUAUCGAUGAAUGAGCAAGUGACAUUCCAUGGUCCUACAGUAAUUGUACACUUCCAGCAACAGCAAUCUAGCGAUGCAUGGGGCGGCACUUCGCAAACAACGACACGUCCACGUGUGGUUAAACGUGAUCUUGAUGAGUUCACCAUUGAACAAGGCGAAUCGCAGCGAGUCGAUCAUUUACUGCUCAUGGUUCAUGGCAUCGGCGCAGCUUGUGAUUUGAAAAUGCGUAGUGUUGAUGAAGUUGUUGAUGAUUUCCGCAAUAUUGCUCAAGCUCUUGUGCAAUCGCACUAUAAAAAUUCAACAGAAAUGGGCCUUGUGGGCCGUGUUGAAGUGUUGCCCAUCUCCUGGCACAGUCAUCUACAUUCUGAAGAAAUGGGCAUUGAUGAAAAAUUACGCUCAAUUACUCUGGAAUCAAUACCGAAAUUACGUAAUUUCACAAACAACACGCUCCUCGAUGUGCUCUUCUACACCAGUCCUAAAUAUUGUCAGAAAAUUAUGAAUACCGUCGCCGUAUCAAUGAAUGAGGUUUAUAAUAAAUACCGUGAACGGCAUCCGGAGUUUAAUGGCGGCGUUUCGGUAGCGGGUCAUAGCUUAGGUUCUUUGAUAUUAUUCGAUUUGCUGUGCCAUCAAAAAGCGCCAAAGGAGAGUGAGGAACAGAAUAUGGAGAACCCCGAUCAGCCUAGUGGCAGCUUUAUGGAAGUCAGCAAUGAUGAUGCAAGCGUCAUUAGCUACACAAUGGGUCCUGCUGGUACUGGACAGCCUUUCAUACAUUAUACACAGCUCAAUUUUCAACCCAAGAAAUUCUUUGCGCUUGGAUCGCCGAUUGGCAUGUUUGUCACAAUACGGGGCAUUGAUAAAUUGGGCCUAGACUUUCGUCUGCCAACUUGUUCGGGCUUCUACAACAUAUUCCAUCCAUUUGAUCCGGUUGCCUAUCGGAUUGAAGCUUUGGUUAAUAUAGAUCUAAGCGGUCUGCGUCCAGUAUUGAUACCACACCAUAAAGGUCGUAAACGUAUGCACUUGGAGUUGAAGGAGACCAUGACACGUGUGGGUGCCGAUUUGAAACAACGCUUCAUGGAUACAUUCAAAAAUACUUUGGAAAGUGUUAACUUUUUGGGUGGAUCAUCUCGAAGCAGACGCGACACUGAGGAGAGCAUAUCAAAGGAUGUGGAUCAGGUUUUGAACAUGCAAGCGAACGCAGAGAAAAUUAAAGAGCAAACAACAAGCGAUGACCAACAACAACAACAAGCCAACACUGAUGCACCACGUACGCGUUCAGAUUCCUUAUCAACAUCACAAUCCGAUUCCGAAAUGGUAGAAAUUGAUUUUCCACUUGGAAAGUUAAAUGAUUCCAAACGUAUCGAUUAUGUGCUGCAGGAGGCACCACUCGAAUUUAUAAACGAAUACAUAUUUGCAAUGGGCGCGCAUGUCUGCUACUGGGAAUCCGAAGAUACGAUACUCUUUGUAAUGAAAGAAAUCUAUACCGGUCUUGGUAUUAGUCCGGAUAGUCAAGUGCCACAGCAAACAAUGACCAUUGAACGACCAUGCUCGAGAAAUAGCAACACGCUAUCACCGAAAAAUGAGAAGCGUUGAACAAUAGAGAUAAUGAAAAGCUAUAAUGUAAUGUAAAGUUAGUACGAUAGAUAACGGAUCGUGAAUAUGUUUGAAAUCAAAUUUUGAUUCGAGCUACUCUUUCUCUCUACUUCAAUUAAGACACUUAAUCAAUUAAAAGCAAUUACAAUCUUCAACAUUUUGCAACAGUUGAAUGUAUUUUUUUUUUGUAGACUUUGUGCACAAAUUCACAGAAAUUUUGUAUUAGUAAGCUACUGCUACUGCACAAUCAAAUUUCUGCUAUAUGUAUGUUGCAAAUGUAUAAGUUUAGGUUAGCUUGAGUAAGUGUUGUUACAUAUGUACGCAAAAAAUUAUUGUAAAAUUACUUAUAAACAUUUGACAAGAGAAAAAAACAUUAUGACAUAGCGAAUAUUUGUAAACUUUUUUAUUUAAUUUGUAUCAACAUAAUGUGUAUUGUAUGUAACUAUGUACUUGCGACUUAUGCAAAUUAAGCUUUGACACAAUAAAAAUAUAAUAUGAAUGUAUGUAAACGUAAAAUAGUUAUUAAAUAAAAU